AGCUCGCUUGGAGAAUUAAGCGCAGGACAAGCCUAAGUAAACGAUGGCUGAAAACGGUAGUGUAGAUAGUAAAGUGAACAUUUUACAGGAUUAUAUAAAAAUACGGAAUGGAAAAAAGUGGAAGAAUCGUUAUGUUGUUAUUAAGAAGUUAUCACCUCUCAGUGAUCAACUAUUAUUAUAUCGAUACAAAAAACAAGGAGACAGCAAUUGUAUAGCGAAAGAAGAAGAAGUUUAUUUGUUGGUUGACUUCUUUGGUCUCGAUUCGGGAUUUGAAUUGGACAAAGAAGCAAACGUCAUUGCAAUUAUUUGCGGCAAUAGGAAAGAAGCAAUUUUACUUGCUUUCCCAAAUGCCGAAAUUCUUAUACAGUGGCAAGUUUCAAUCAGAAGUAAUUUAGGAGCUGAAAAAAGUUUUAGUAACCUUAAACUAGUCAACGUAAAACCGACGUCUUCCUCCAUUUUAACUCAAUCGUUAAAAAAGAUUCCAAUAAAUAUCUCAGUUAAAUUGUAUAUAAACGGAGAUAAAUUUGCAUUGACAACCGUCCACCAACCAGCCACAUUACUUGGACAAUUUAAACUUUCGCAAAUAAGACGCUUUGGUGUUCCUUCUCCGCACGGUGAUUAUUUCGUCUUUCAUACAGGAUCCAGGUGUUCGAUCGGCGAAGCUAUCUUUCAACUUUCAACAAACGACGCAUCACGAAUUACGUCAUAUUUCACUCAAGUUAUCGAAGGAAAGGUCCAUUGCCAAAGGCGGUUUCCGAGUACGAAGAGAAAUAGCCGGCAGGUUUCCAACAAUCGUCGACACCGUUCUUUCAACGUCUCUUCGCCAACGCUCAAUUCACCGCCACCCACACCUAUUUCGCCUUCUGCGUGCUCCCUACCUGAGCAAAACAGUCGUUAUUCUUUCGGUCCUACCGUUUCGUUUCGUCAAUCGGACAGACCGGCUGAAUUAAGUUCUGAAUACGAUCUCGAAGUACACGCUGACGUGGAUUAUCUGUCUGUUCAGCUGGAAAGUGUUUUGGAAUGUUCUGAGAAGGAAACUGGAGGAUUUCGUACGUCAUCGCCAAAAACUUCUUCUCAUUUUACGAUUGAUUCGGAUUCGGAAAGCGUUCCAGUACACCAUCGAAGUUUUUCAGACGAUACAACUCAUUAUUUUUUAGGAGAAGAACUUGAACCAUCGUCCGACAUGUCACCAAGACUUAUGCAUGCCCUCUCUAAGACUUUACCAUUGCCUAAAAAGAAGAACUCGAAAAAGGGUUUUGAUCAGAGUGUUAGUUCAAUUGAUGAAACGAAAUCAAGUAGACGCAGUUCCCUUCAUUCGAGUACUAUUGAACAAACUGUAUCCAAAAUGAAAAGUUUGAAAAAGAAAUCUAUAUCAACAUGGAUGAGGCAAAAGAUAGUAAGAAGUGACGAAGGUCUCGAUCGUUUUAGGAUAGAUAAACGUUUACCCUUCGCUUACGAAGCAUCUCCUAUUUACUCUAAAGCGUGCUUUUCCGAACCAUUGGUCUCAACAGACAACAAGGAAAAUAAUUUUAAACCCAAAUCUUUACCAGAUCUCCAUCGCAUUCUUAAAAGUCAACCUAAUAAACCUCUACCUCUUGUAGAAUAUACCAGCAGGAGUAAGUUAAAGCGAAGACCUGCUCCGCCAGUUCCAACCGCUUCCCCUCGUGUCAAGAAAAGUGUUUAUCAGAAUGUGCCUUUAACUUGUGAACAAUUAGAAACUUAUUGCCCUAAAACUAAGUGCUACGAGAACGUAUGUGGCGAUGUUGUUGAAUGGCUGAAGAAAUGCGGAGAUAGCGAGAAUUUCAACGUUAAAGAUAUCAAUAAAAUAAUAUCUUCAGCUAGCGCCAUCUCUAGGACACCAAGUGAUUCCGGCAUUGAAAGCGCCAAUCAAUACAUAAACAUUGAUAGCAGCAGCGAAGAACGUAGUGAUUGUGGAAGUGGUAAUAAUGGUAAACAUCCAAGUUCUCUUCCAGUAAAAACUCUUUCGCCAAUAUCUCAUUCUCUACCUGAAAUGACAGAUGAAACUGAUGGUAUUCAUUCUAAAUGCUCGUCACUAGACUCAGGAAAUUCGACGUCCAUACCUAGCGUUUCUGAAACCCUUUCGGUUUCACCUGCUCGACGGAAACGCAAUGGAAGAGAACCUGUAAAUAACGCCGUUGACAGCUAUUUCGUUCCAAAUGAUUAUAUGAUUAUGAAUCCAAAUGUUAAGGACGGUUAUAUGAUUUGCCCCGCAAGUACUGCCCCUCGAAGUCAAUCAGUAUCCUCGUCCGAUGGUUAUUUGCUCAUGAAGCCGGAGAGAGAAAGGGAAUCUUCACCAGAUAACAGAUAUAUGAUGAUGGCACCGCCUAUCUCACCGGAAAGUGUACAAAAUCCUACCGAUUACCCUAUGCAAGUACUGCCUAUUAAUCCUGACGGGGAACUACAAGAAUUUUCUACUCCUCAUGCGAAACCAGCUAAAAAAUCCACCCACUUUUUUAGCAUGUUACGAAAACCGGGUAAAAGUAAAAAGAAUAAAUGUAAAAGCGAAGAGACUGUUGAUAGAAUUGACGAGAAGGAUGAAGAAACGUCGCUCUAUUCUAGUAGUACUAUUAAAGAUCUUUCGGAAAGUGAUCACGAUACCGCUUCAACUUUGACGUCACCUCCAGGCAAAGAAGCCGAAAGGAAAUUCAGCGCUCCCGCCAUGUUAAACGUUAUGUCAAACAGGAAAAAAAACCCGCCUCCACCAUUAGAGAUGCCUCCGCCGCUUGCUCCAAAAUUACCUCCAAGGUGUCCUUCAAGAUCAAUAUCCCUGCCAAAAGGUGGAUAUGGAUCUCUUACUACUAUAAGAAGAAGGCAACAUCCUAAUGGAGGCAGCACUACUUCUUCCCGCCCAAGUCAAAGUCAAAGCCACGACCGUUUAUUAACAACAGUCCAAUCGACCACACUUUCAACGACUCAGUCGAAGCCAAAACACGGUCAGGAAUACUAUAAAGUCGACAGGAGGUCACCUGCAGCUCAGUAUACACCGUCUUCAAAAUCGUCAGUAUUUAGCUUCGAUUCAAUGUCGUAUCCAUCCUCCAAUGAUGGCGAAAGCCCCAAAUCGGCAAAGUCAAAGGAAAGUCACGAUUACGUGAAUAUGACCUCUCCCAGGGCCGAAAUAGCAAAUCCGGCCCUGAACUACGCCGAAAUCGAUUUUACGAGAUCGACUACAAAGAAGAAUAGGCCUAAACCGCCAAAAGAAACAGUUCCCUACGCUGUUAUCGAUAUUGCUGCAACACAGGCGGCUGGUGAGGUCAUAAAAGCUCACCAUCAGCAAAGAGAGAGUGGCGGCCCGCUGAGAAGGACGAAUUCGGCUAAAAGAGGUUCAAAUGACUCUUUAAGAAGAGUUAAAGAACGAAAAGGUUCGGCAACAUCUUUCAGAGAUCGACAGGGUUCCUCAUCGUCAAGCCGAAAGUAGAUAUUUAAGAGUGGGCUGGUUCCUACUCUUUUUACUUGCCAUCUCUUUUCUUCGUCUCUUUUUGUACACUUCGAAAAACUCUUUCCGUUUUAUUAUUAUAUUUCGUUUAAUUCAUUAUAAACUUUAUAUAUAUAUUUAUAUCUGUAUAUGUAUAUAUAUAUAUAUAUAUAUAUAUAUUAUAUUUUUGGAAAACUGUCAUCUUGUUUUCUUCUCUUUUUUUUGAUUCCAAGUUAAGAUAGAUUUGUAAAGAUACGGAAAAUACAUACAGUUCCAUGCUGAUAAACACAAUAAAUAAAUUGAGACAAUUAUCUAA